AUGCAAAACGAAGGAGUCGUCACUGAGCUCUACAUUCCAAGAAAAUGCUCAGCCACUAACAGAUUGAUUACAUCGAAGGAUCAUGCUUCAGUUCAGCUUAACAUUGGUCAUCUUGAUACUGAUGGAAUCUACACUAGCCAAUUCUCAACCGUUGCUCUCUGCGGAUUUGUCCGAGCUCAGGGAGAUGCAGACAGUGGCGUUGACAGGCUCUGGCAGAAGAAGAAGAUCGAAACCAAACAACAGUGA